CAGUGACUGUCCUCAGUGUCCAAUCCACAGAGGCCUGUGGCAGGUGGCAUAAUGGACCUGGCCUACGUCUGCGAGUGGGAGAAAUGGCCCAAGAGCACCCACUGCCCGUCAGUGCCCCUGGCCUGCGCCUGGUCCUGCCGCAACCUCAUCGCCUUCACCACGGACCUCCGGAGCGACGACCAGGACCUGACCCGCAUGAUCCACAUCCUGGACACGGAGCACCCAUGGGACGUGCACUCCAUCAACUCGGAGCACAGUGAGGCCAUCACCUGUCUCGAGUGGGACCAGUCAGGCUCCCGGCUCCUGUCGGCUGAUGGUGACGGGCAGAUCAAGUGCUGGAGCAUGGCGGACCACCUGGCCAACAGCUGGGAGAGCUCUGUAGGCAGCCUCGUGGAGGGGGACCCUAUCGUGGCCCUGUCCUGGCUGCACAAUGGCGUGAAGCUGGCCCUGCAUGUGGAAAAGUCGGGCGCCUCCAGCUUCGGCGAGAAGUUCUCCCGCGUCAAGUUCUCACCGUCACUCACGCUGUUCGGGGGCAAGCCCAUGGAGGGCUGGAUUGCGGUGACCGUCAGCGGCCUGGUCACCGUGUCCCUGCUCAAGCCCAGCGGGCAGGUGCUGACGUCCACUGAGAGCCUGUGCCGGCUGCGCGGCCGCGUGGCCCUGGCCGACAUCGCCUUCACGGGUGGCGGCAACAUCGUGGUGGCCACGGCGGACGGCAGCAGCGCCUCGCCCGUGCAGUUCUACAAGGUGUGCGUGAGCGUGGUCAGCGAGAAGUGCCGCAUCGACACCGAGAUCCUGCCCUCGCUGUUCAUGCGCUGCACCGCCGACCUCCACCGCAAGGACAAGUUCCCCGCCAUCACCCACCUCAAGUUCCUGGCCCGCGACAUGUCGGAGCAGGUGCUCCUGUGUGCGUCCAGCCAGACAAGCAGCAUCGUGGAGUGCUGGUCCCUGCGGAAGGAGGGGCUCCCCGUGAACAACAUUUUCCAGCAGAUCUCUCCCGUGGUUGGUGAAAAGCAGCCCAUGAUCCUCAAAUGGCGGAUCCUGUCAGCCACCAACGACCUGGACCGUGUGUCAGCCGUGGCACUACCAAAGCUGCCUAUCUCGCUCACCAACAUCGACCUCAAGGUGGCCAGCGACACCCAGUUCUACCCCGGCCUCGGGCUGGCCUUGGCCUUCCACGAUGGCAGCGUCCACAUCGUGCACCGGCUUUCACUGCAGACCAUGGCCUUCUACAGCUCUGCCACCCCACGGUCCGUGGACGAGCCAGCCAUCAAGCGUACUCGGACCACAGGCCCCACUGUCCACUUUAAGGCUAUGCAGCUCUCCUGGACCUCCCUGGCCCUUGUGGGCAUCGACAACCAUGGGAAGCUGAGCAUGAUCCGCAUCUCGCCCUCCAUGGGCCACGCGGUGGACAUCAACCCGGCCCUGCGGCAUCUGCUCUUCCUGCUUGAGUACUGCAUGGUGACCGGCUAUGACUGGUGGGACAUCCUGCUGCACGUGCAGCCCAGCAUGGUGCAGAACCUGGUGGAGAAGCUUCACGAGGAGUACAUGCGCCAGAACGCUGCCCUGCAGCAGGUCCUCUCCACGCGGAUCCUGGCCAUGAAGGCCUCGCUGUGCAAGCUGUCACCCUGCACAGUGACCCGCGUGUGCGACUACCACACCAAGCUCUUCCUCAUCGCCAUCAGCUCCACGCUCAAGUCCCUCCUGCGCCCGCACAUCCUCAACACCCCCGACAAGAGCCCUGGCGACCGGCUGAGCGAGAUCUGCGCCAAGAUCACCGAUGUUGACAUUGACAAGGUCAUGAUCAACCUCAAGACGGAGGAGUUCGUCCUGGACAUGAACACGCUGCAGGCGCUGCAGCAGCUCCUGCAGUGGGUGGGCGACUUCGUGCUCUACCUGCUGGCCAGCCUGCCCAACCAGGGCUCCCCGCUGCGGCCUGGCCACAGUUUCCUGCGAGAUGGCACCUCGCUGGGCAUGCUGCGUGAGAUGAUGGUAGUGAUCCGCAUCUGGGGCCUGCUGAAGCCUAGCUGCCUGCCCGUGUACACGGCCACCUCGGACACCCAGGAUAGCAUGUCCUUGCUCUUCCGCCUGCUCACCAAGCUCUGGCUCUGCUGUGAGACGCCCCGUCCUCUGCUCCCAUCACCCCAUCAAAAUGCAAGCCCCCUGGGCACCCCCACCAGAAUACAAGUUCCCGCAGGUGGAAACCGCUCUGUCUCGGUCCCCUCCAUUUCCUCAGCGCCUAGCACAGGUCCGGGCACAUAGUGGGUGCUUGUUGGGUGUCAACAGGUUACAUGUUUUGGGGGGGCCAAGUACUGAGCUAGCAUCUUUGUGUCCAGGAAUCAAUGAGCAGGUCCCCAUUUUACAGAGGAGGCAACUGAGGCCAGGGAGGAGAACAUGACUUCCCAGAGUCACCCAGCAAGGCAGGGCAAGAACUAGUGCCCUGUGGGUCCUGAGGAGGCCACGGUGCAUCCCAGGUAG